AUGUCGGGCUCGAGCUCGGGAGGCAGGGAAGGAACGGUGGCGAGGAAGGACAAGGAGAUUGACUACGACAAGUCGGUCUUUGGUGCGCCGGUUCAGAUCUGCGAGCAGUGCAUGAACAGGGAAAGGAAGCGUGCCAGCAGGAAAAAGAAUAAGAAGCCCGAAGAGGAGGAGAAGUGGGCCCAGGACGAGAGGAAGCGGAUCAUCGUCUUCAAUACCAACCAGGUCCGACAGUUCGAGCAGUACCCAGGUGCGCAGAGGGCGAUUGCGGCGGAAACCCAAAUGAGGAUAUGUUGCUACUGCCGUCACCACGGAGAGAAGGAUGGUUUUCAGGUGAUCUUCACGCUCAAGGACCACAAUGGCAAUGUUGUCGCACAGACGAUCAGCAGCACCAUCGUCAUCACAGACGAUCACAAGAACACGGCUGCCACGAACGCCACGGGGCUACCGGACGGAAGCAUAGCGAUGCCCGCCGAUCAGAUGUCCCCGGUGCAAGCGCCGCCGCGGCAGAUGGCAGGGUACCCGCAGCAAGCCUUCAUGGUCUCGCAGACGCAGCAAGGGCAGGAGAGGUUGAGGGGCUACACUCCCCAACCGCCAAACGGAAUCAACUUCCCCAUGCAUAUGGACCAAUCGCCUUCCCCUCAAACGCCGAUGCGCGGUUCGCUGAGCCCUGGAGGGCAUCAACCCAAGAGACGGAAGGGCAGCAAGGUGCCAACGAACCUGACCAUGACUCCGUCCGAGCCCACGCAGUUCCACCGCCCUCAGUUCGACGGUGGAAACAUGGCUUUCACACGCAACCAUGCAGAAGUGCCGCGCCAGCAGUGGCUAAAUACCGGUCCCGUAUCCCCGAUAGCUCAGCCGGAUGAGGCCUUCUUCGUCAACACUACGAAUUGGAUGUCUCCGGUGGAAACGAACGGCAAUGGCUUCGGCAGGGCGCUGGGAUCCCCAGAGUUCAAUAGCAUCCCAACGACCCCGACCAUGUUUAGCAGACAUCAACUACCUAAUCAGAUGAUGAGCCCACAGUUCCCACAUGGGAUGCUAGCGCUGGAGCAGCAAAUCAGGCAGGGUCAAGCACACGUGGACGAGAUGCAAAUCAGCGGUCCGUUCAUUAGUCGUGUGGUGCCAGGCGAGGGAACCUGUCGGGGAGGAAUCGAGAUCACGAUCUUGGGCCGCGCUUUCGCUCAAGGGUUGACCGUCAUGUUCGGCGACCUGCCUGCUAACGACACGACAUGUUACAGCGACAGCACCCUCCUUUGCCGCCUGCCACCGAACCCUAAUGCUGGGCCCGUCGUGGUCACCCUGAAGAACAUUGAGCGGCCACACCAAGCCAUCGGUGUGCCCGUCUUCACCUAUGUCGACGACAUCGAAAAAGAGCUGAUGGCUCUCGCACUGACCGUUGUUGGCAUGAAGAUGAAGGGAGAGAUGGGUACCAGCAAGCAGGUCGCCCUUGCCAUCCUACGCGACAACGGUGUCGGAGAGGAUGAGAUCGAGAGCACUCGCAAUGGCGGCGGCAACCAGCGUGCGAUGGAUCUGGAGGCAUUGCUCCUGACCUGCCUCGACGUCAUCGACAUGGACGAAAGCCCGCACCCUGCGACGUUGGGCCAGAGGAACAAGUCCGGCCAGACAAUGCUUCAUCUAGCAUGCAUGCUUGGAAUGCAGAAGUUCGUGGCGGCGCUGCUCGCGCGUGGCGUCUAUGUUGACAGCACCGACAAGAACGGUUACACGCCUCUGCAUUUUGCUGCUCUGCACAAACGGUCGGAUGUCGUUCGGCGACUGUUGAUGAAUCGUGCCGAUGCCGGAUUGCGCACCAGGGGCGGGGAGACGGCUGCCGACCUCGGAGAGUCCGACCAGAUCGUCAGGGCUACUAGAAGCGUCCACCAGAUUCAUUCCCGCCACCAUAGUAGGAGCAGCUCGGUCUCGUCCGAAACUCGCUUCAGCAGGAGCCGCUCCGGAAGUGUGUCUUCCAUCAUGGCGCCUAUGUCCAUGGCCCGCCUUCGCAGCGUGGACGACUACUUUGCCGACAGUGACGAUGAUGACGAGGAGGAUGAUGAUGACUUGUAUGACUUGGAUUACGACAGCAGCGAGGAUGGCGAGCCGGGCUGGGCCGAUCGGAGACUCAGCAUCCAGGAUAUUCCUGUGCCCAUGAAGUCCGCUCUCAUGGAACAUACUGCGCAGGAGAAGGUUGUCGAGAUGAUGCCGCCGAUGGACGCUUCGUUCGGCAAGAAUGCCUCGGCACCUCUCAUGAUCGCGUGGAUGGAUGCUUGGAGGGAGCAGUUGACGCAGAGCUUCCAGAACCUACAGCUGAAUAUUCCUGUGUUGCCAACGGCUCAGAUCGACUACCAAACCAUGUUGCGAGACCAAAUGGCCAAACUUCAGUACCCGCAGAUGCCUAGAUGGGGCUUCGCACAGGACCCGGAGCGCAAGGCCGUCGACUACAAAUGGUCCGAGCUAUUACACCCACCGGCUGCUCCGGAAUCUUCCGGGGAAAUGGCUCCGCCUGCCUACGACGAGCUGUACCCCGACGGCAACGGUUCCGGUGGAGCGCCGCCGGAAAAGAUCGAGCCUGUACAAGAUACGCCGGUGCAAGUUGAGGCGGAAUCUUCCAAACCGACUCGCACGGCGUCGCCCGAGCUUGCCAUGGACCUCCGCGAAAUCCACAGACAGAUCACGCGUCGGGAUCAGCCCCUCACCAGUGCUCAGCAGGCUCACCUCCGCAAGAUGAAGCGAAUCGAGAGUGAUCGGCGGUUGUAUUUCUUCUGGAUUCCGGUUUUGGUCUUCAUCAUCAUGGCCAUGGCCUACUCGCAUGGCCCACAGGCGUGGACCAUCUGCAAGACGGUUGCGACCUUUGUUCACCAAGCAGUCAACGAACCACAGGUAGUCAGGGAACGACUGGGACUGACGGUGGGGCGGGCUGUUGGUGUCCCUGGUUAG